AAUGUUACACACACGCGGAGUCCCAGCUGCUCUAGCGCCCACUGCUUCGUCCCGACCGGGAAUGAGCACUAAAGUCUAGAGGAAACUCAGAAACAGGAGGACAGGAGUUCUCAGCGCCACGAGUUCUGAAAUCGUCUGUUGCACAUCAACCAUCUUAAUCGCCGCAGAUGGGGCAUCCUGUCCCAGCGUUGUUUUUGACGAGCCUACUGGUCCUCUUGCGGCUAGUGGCCGCGGUGAGAGCCCAGCAGCAUCGAGACUGCCCACCGCGAUGCCAGUGCGAAGAAGAUGGUAUGCGCUUGCGGGUGGACUGCUCGGACCUGGGGCUCACAACGCUGCCCGCCAACUUGAGCGUCUUCACGUCCUACCUUGAUGUCAGCAUGAACAACAUCACCCAACUGAGCUCAAGCGCCCUGCUGAACCUCCACUUCUUGGAAGAGCUGCGUCUUGCAGGAAAUGACUUGACACACAUCCCCCCAGGAACAUUCUCUGGCCUCUUCAAUCUCAAAGUGCUAAUGCUCCAGAACAAUCAACUGAGGCAGGUCCCCAGCGAGGCCCUCCGCAAUCUGCGCAAUCUUCAGUCUCUGCGUCUGGAUGCCAACCACAUACACAGUGUGCCUCCAAACUGCUUUGAUGGCUUAGUAUCUUUGAGACACCUCUGGCUGGAUGAUAACUCUCUGACCGAAGUGCCACUUCAGGCAUUAAGCAGCUUGUCCUCCUUGCAAGCAAUGACUCUUGCCCUGAACAAAAUCACCCACAUACCAGACCGGGCAUUUGCUAAUCUUUCAAGCUUGGUGGUCUUACACCUUCACAACAACAGGAUUCACUCCCUGGGAAAGAAAUGUUUUGAUGGACUCCACAGCCUUGAAACCUUGGAUCUGAACUACAACAGUCUCGAUGAAUUUCCAGUUGGCAUCAAGGCCCUUGGCAAUCUGAAGGAACUAAGCUUCCACAGCAAUAACAUCAAGUCCAUCCCAGAGCAUGCUUUUAUUGGUAAUCCAUCGCUUGUGACCAUAUUUUUUUACGACAAUCCAAUCCAAUUUGUGGGGAAAUCAGCAUUUCAGCACCUGCCUGAACUGAGAACCUUGUCCCUUAAUGGAGCUACAGAAAUCACAGAGUUCCCAGACCUCACGGGGACCAAAAGCCUGGAAAGUUUGACCCUGACUGGUGCUCGGAUAACAACGCUGCCCAGAGAUGUGUGUGAAGAGUUACCCAACUUGCAAAUUCUGGAUCUUUCCUACAACCUAAUACAGGAAUUGCCCAGCUUUAAUGGCUGUGACAAGCUGCAGAAAAUAGACUUGCAUCAUAACCAAAUUGAAGAAAUCCAAGCCGGGGCAUUUCACUUAAUGUCACUUCGAUCGCUUGACCUGGCCUGGAAUAAGCUGAGUGCCAUUGAACCCAAUGCUUUCUCCCAUCUGCCUUCCUUAAUUAAACUUGACCUCUCAGCUAACCUCCUGUCCACUUUCCCUGUGGCUGGACUGCAUGGGUUAACCCACUUGAAAUUAGCCGGAAACGAGGGUCUGCAGGAGCUGCUGUCAAAAGAAAACUUCCCAAAGCUGAGGGUCAUGGAAAUGCCAUAUGCUUUCCAGUGCUGUGCUUUUGUGUCAUGUGAAAUACCUAAUAAGCUCUCCAACCCAUGGGACAGAGAUGAGAAUAGCAGCAGUGAGGAUUUCAAUAAAAAAGAAACAAAUCUUCUUCCUGGCCCAGAUUAUCCUGAGCUUGAUGACUUCCUCUUGGACUUUGAAGAGGACUUAAAGGUGCACCACUCCGUCCAGUGUUCACCCGCACCAGGUCCAUUCCGGCCUUGUGAUCAUCUCUUUGGAAGCUGGCUAAUUCGCACAGGUGUAUGGACAAUUGUGGUACUCUCUCUCUUGUGCAACAGUCUGGUGGCCAUAACCAUCUUCACAUCCCCCACCUACAUUUCACCUUCGAAGUUCCUCUUAGGACUUCUCGCUAUUGUGAAUGGCCUAAUGGGACUUUCCAGUGGUAUCCUGGCAGUGGUAGAUGCCUUAACAUUUGGAAGCUUUGCCAAGUAUGGAGCUUGGUGGGAAAGUGGAAUUGGUUGUAAGAUCACCGGGUUCUUGUCAGUCUUUUCUUCUGAAGCAUGCAUUUUCCUAUUGACAACAUCUGCGCUCGAAAGGGGACUCUCCAUUAAGUGUUCCAAAAGUUCAGAGACCAAAUACUCCAAGACCAACGUCAAACUUGUGUCAGCGUUCUGCUUCUUCCUGGCUUUGGCCAUCACGAUCCUACCAUUGCUUCACGUGGGAGAGUAUGGCAUCUCUGCACUCUGCUUGCCUUUGCCUUUCGGGGAGCCAUCCAGCCUUGGCUUCUUGGUGGCUCUAGUUUUGCUGAACUCCCUGUGUUAUUUUGUAAUGACCGUCACAUACACAAGAUUGUACUGUAACCUGGAGAAGGGAGAAUUGGACAACUUCUGGGACUGUUCCAUGAUCAAGCAUGUCGCCUGGCUACUCUUCGCAAAUUGCAUCUUGUAUUUCCCAGUGGCUUUUCUAUCAUUCUCCUCCUUGCUCAGUCUUUCUUUUAUCAGUCCAGAAGUAAUCAAGUCAAUCCUUCUGGUUAUUGUUCCUCUGCCUGCCUGCUUAAACCCAACACUUUAUAUACUUUUCAACCCACACUUUAAGGAAGAUCUUGGGCUUCUGCUAAAGCAGGCGGGUCUGUCAAGGAAAUGUAAGCAAGCCAGCAUGACCUCUCUAAACUCUGAAGAUGCGGAAAAGCAGUCAUGUGACUCCACACAAGCCCUGGUGACCUUUGUGAAUGCUGACAAGUUGAGCAACACCUCUGGAAGCAAGGCUGCCCUGUCCACCUACCAGAUUAUUGAGAGCUGUCACUCACAGGCGGUGGCUUUUAUUCCCUGCCGUUAGGACCGAACAGGGGUGGGGGGGGCGGAUUUCAAAAUGAUGACAGACAUUUCAGAUGAAAUCCCUCCGCAACGCUGGCUCAAGUCAGAGGUGUGGCAUCCCAGCCUAUUGUAAAUAGGAUCUGCUCGACACCCUGUUUUGGAAACUUCUUCAAAUUCUCCUCUCAGGAUUAACUAACAGUUGAAUCCAGUACCUACUUGUGCGUUGUUAGCUUGGUACAAAAAAGACUUUAUAAAAAUGGACUUUGUAACCUUUUCCAUCUCUUCCUUGAGGGUGUUUGUGAAAAUCAUGUUAAUGAUUUGAGGGAUCAUUUACCCAUAGGGCAUUAACGCUGUUGUUCUCUAGCAGCUUGGAUAUCUCAUUCAGUACUCUGUAGGCCCCGGGAUCCCACAGCUUCCUGUGAUAUGAAUCAUAAUUUGAACACUUUGACAUAUUUUGUGUUCAAGAAAGGCAGUAUGAAAAUUUUCAAAUUGAAAGGACUGCAGAUUUGGUAUGUUGAUGUUACACUCCCAGAGGCCGGUGCCAUGAACCAAACACUCAUUUUAUCAGUGAAAAGGGUAACAGCAGUAAUCUCGAUGAGGUUUUUUAUUUCCAAAGAUUUAGAACUUUCCAGGCCUGUUCAUCAUUUAUUCACAGCACAGAUAAUUUGUCAAAGGUGAAAGGAAAGAAGCGAACAAUGGUUUCUAUUUUUGAAAACUAUAAUAACAAAAGGGAUUUAUCUAUUUCUAAUUCCGGAAAGCAUGGACUGCCUUUAUUUAAUCUUGAAUAUAGCGCACACAGCUCUGUAUUGUUAUGUUUGAACUGUACGGAAUGCUGAGCCAAGUUGGACAGGAUUUUAUAUGAGAACAGCAGAGAUGAGCAAAUGUUUCCUUUGAGGGUUUGGCAGGAGGAAAGUCAGAGCCAUAGCUAAGGUCUGUUACACAGGGAUUUGUUAUAUCUUUCAAUCAAAACCAAACCGCAAGCCAGCACUGUAAGCAAAACAAAACUGAAACAAGACUCUGUUUGUUUAAGAUCUUUUCUUUUAAAUUGUUCGACUGCAAGUAUCUUGUGAUUCUUCUGUUCAAGUGAUCUUAAAUCAAGGUUGUCAUGAUGUCCCAGAUCAUAUGACAUAUGAUCAAGUGCCUAGCGACCACAAAGCAUCAUAGUGACGAGAAAAUGGUGUCUCAUGAACAAAUAACCACAGAAAUUGGCAAGGGCAGAAAGCCUGACGGGAUUGUAACCAGAAGGAUGGAAAUGUCUAGCAUCAAAACCCUCUUGAGAAGCAAAAGCACUAGUCCACUAGUGCACUAAAUCUAAACUUUUAAACACACAUGCUUUGUAUUGCAUCCGCAAACUCAGAUAAUGCAUAAGUGCAAUGGACUGACCUUUAUAGGCCUUGACCUUUGACAAAAUAUCUAGCAUGACCUCAAUUGUUACUCCUUAGCAACAUGCAUACUAGACAAAAAUAACAUUUAAUAACAUUGUGGAAAUGUUUAAGUGAAUCCUGGCACACGUAUACGCAGGCAUGGCAUGGGCACCCUUAGCCCCAAUGAAGGCACUCGGAGUCUCAGGGCAGGCAGCAGAAUCAGGCUUUAUUGUACAAUGCACAUACAGACUCACUACAGUCAUGGGCGUCUCUUACAUUUAUUACAAUUCUUAUCAUACAAGCCAUUUUUCAUCCUCAUCUGACUCCUUUCAUUUCACUGCUCUAAUCCUGCCUCGAUAUUUCUUAGCUGAGAGGUUGUCAAACAUCUCUCUGUUCAUCGUAUCUAUUUGACAAGGCCUAUCCUUACUCCCUACUAGCUCAGCAUUUGCCACCAAUAUUUAUAGUUGGAAAGUUCACACUCCCUCUCUGACAGAGCAGGCCCAUCCUUUCCAACUCUCUUGCACAUCUGACCUUUGGCUUAUGAAAUACUGGUGGUCUCUAGCUCAUACAGAAUAAUAAGAAAAUAUGUAGGCAUAAGCCCUUUUAAUCCUAACUCUUACAUCUUACUACUUAGUGAAAUGUAGUGUCUACUUUUCUCAUGUGCUUAUAAUACUUUUCUAAUACGUAGAGAUUUUAAGAAUACAUUUUUCUAUACACAUUCCUAAAGUGUGUAAGAAAUAUCAACAAAAAGCAAGUUUCUCCAUAAUGUAAAUGCACAGGUUCAAUUUUGUAAUAAAGUUGGCAUUGAGGGACUAUGAAAAGAAAGUAAAAAUAUUCUACCAAGAAGCACCAUUUAAUCCAUUUGUGUGCUAAUUAUCAGUGGGUCCUAUGGCUUGUUAUGGAGUAUUAGGUGUGAGGCAGGAACUAAGUGUAGGUGAAGUACCAGCUCACCCCAAGUCAUGUGUGCUACAUACACUAUACAACCAAAGUUAUGUGGACAUCCCUCCAAAUUUUUCAGUUCAAGUGUUUCAAUCAUAUCUAUAAUAUCAAGCACUCUCCAUUGACAAACACUGGCAGUAGAAUGGGUCAUACUGAAGAGCUCAGUGACUUUAAAUGUGGCACUGUCACAGGAUGCCACCUUUACCACACGUCAGUAUGUGAAAUUUCCGCUAGUCAACAGUAAGUGCUGUUAUUGUAAAGUGAAAGUAUGGAGGAACAACAACAGCUAGGCCACAAAGAGGUGGAACACGUAAUCUCAUAGAGCAGAUAAAAAUCGCACAUCCUGUAUUGUGUCACUCACAGCAGAGUUCCAGACUUCCUCUGGAAGCACAAGAACUGCAUCAGGAGCUUCAUGGAAUCACUUUCCAUGGCUGAGCAGCUGCACACAAGCCUAAGAUCACGCGGUGCAAUGACAAGCUUUGGCUAGAAUGGUGUAAAGCACACCAUCAUUGGAAUCUGGAGUAGUGUUCUCUGGAGAGAUGAAUCACACUUUGCUAUCUGGCAGUCUAAUGGAUGAAUCUGGCCAUCAGAACGGCGUAGUGCACACUGUAAGGUUUGGUGAAGGAGAGAUAAUGGUCUAGGGCUAUCAUUCAGGAUUUUAGCUAGGCCCCUUAGUUCCAGUCAAGGGUACUACAGCAAUCAAAUACAUUUGGGACUAUUGAUUGAUUGCAGAUUUGUGGACACAGUUUUGUUGAAGGUCAUUUACUGUUCAUUCAUGACUGUGUCAUGUGCACACAGCCAGGUCCAGAAAGACAUGGAGGAACUCUGUUGGCCUGCACAGAAUGAUGACCUCAACCCUAUUAAACACCAAUUGUGGACUCAAAUUCCCACAGACACACACUCCAAAAUCUUGUGGAAAGAAGAGUGGAGGCUGUUAUUGCUACAAAGCAGGGCCAACUCCAUAUUAAUGACCAUGGUUUUGGAAUGGGGUGUCCAACAAGCUCGUUUAGGUGUGAUGGUUAGGGAUCCACAACAUAUUAGCCAUAUUGUGUAUAUGAACAAUGCCUAAUAAUUGUACAUAUUCACAAUGAAUCAUUGAUGUUCAUACAGUAUAUGGCAAUAGAAAAUUACAUAGUCAUUCUCUACAUAGAAAUCUGGAGACAACUCCAGCCUAAGAAUUGUUGGCUUGUCUGUGACCAGUAUUUGACGGUGCUAUAAAAUAAGAUGUUUUUUCUGAAAGCGUUGCUUCUUGGUAAAAAAUGGUUGAACCAAGACUGUUGCCCUCUAAAUAAAAUGGAAAGUUGGAGUUAAGAAUGGGUGGCAAAGUGUAGAUCACAAGAUGUAAGUACAGAUAUGCUAUAUACUGUACCUAAAAGAUAUGUUGAUCUUGAUACCUAGAACGCUUAUAGACUGUACUAAUAAAUAUUGUGCCAGGAAUCAAAAUAAGCAGCAAUGGAAACAACUCGAUUUAAGGGGAGCCAAGCCUGUUUCAGUUGGUAUUCUCCAUUAUGCCUGCAAGCAUAGCCACCGAUUCAAAGAUGUUCACUUGCAUCACUUCCAGCCUUAAAGUUACCAAAAGACGUUUGUGGCAUGGAGGAGUCCGCGUUCUCAUAUUGUUCCUCUGUCGAUAUUAACCCUUAAGUAUGUGUGGCAUACUCUGGGUGGGAGUAUGUGAUAUUGCUAACAUGAUGGAAAAUGCUGAGACAGUUAGCCGAGAAAAUAUUAAUAGUGACUUCUAAAGAGCCGACAUCUUGUCAUGUUUGAACAUCUUUUUUUUUUUUUUAACAAAUCUAUGUUUUUAAAAUAGGCGUCUGACAUUCAUUUCUGUUAAUCAUAUUUAUUUAGCUAGUACUUUUCUUCCUUGUGCAGACUUGGGAAUUGCUUCAGUAUUUCUGCAGUGUUCGGACUGGCAGAUGAAGCAUCUUGUAAGAACUUGGUGAGGAAUGAAGCUGAAAUCUCACACAUUAGAAUUGGAAAACUGCUUUAUGGACUUAUAGGGUCCUUUUUUUAGUUCAGAGGUCCGUGAAUUUCUUCCUUGCAUGUGUUAAUCAACAUGCAACACUCUUCAGCACUUCCAUCAUUAGAACAGAGCAAUUGUGACCAGAAAAGGCCAUUCGGCCUAACCAGGUUCUCCAGUCCUGUCUGCCUAAUUUCUUCAAUAUCACAUUAAGAUUUAAAUGUAAUAAUAAUAAUUAAUACAUUUUAUUUAUAUAUCUCUAAAGUCCUUCUCUCUACCACCUUACUUGCAGGGCCGUCUUAACACAUGGGCAUGCUGGGCAGUUGCCCGGGGGCCCCAUGCUAAUCUAUGUAUGUUGUGACAUGCUGAGUGGCACCAUUGCACUGCUUUGCCCGGGGGCCUAUAAUGCUGUUAAGAUGGCCCUGUCUACUUGAUAACUUAUUCCGUGUAUCAAUGGUCCUCUAUGUGAAGAAAAGCUUUACCCUUAACAAGUUUCCAGCAGUAUCCCUGUGUUCUUGUUGCUUAGUGUACAUAAAGACCUUACCUCGAAAUGUCUCUCUUCUUACCUCAAAUCUUCUGUCUUCCUUACCUGAAAUAGCUUCCUUACCUCAGAGUUACAAUUCUAAGUAGAGCUGUCAUGUCAGAGCUUCAUGUGUGAUUCUCUAAUCGUCCUUGGUGAGCACAGCCUGUUUCCUGUGUAUAUUUUAACUGUGACCUCUUCUUCUCAUCUGAAGAGAGCAUGGAAAGCCAAUUAGAAAUGAUGACAAGCAACCAGAUGUAGUUAACACACCUCCAGGCACUUUAACGAAAAUACCAAACCCCAAAAUUCUACAACAUGACUGACUUGCUCGUGUUUACACAGUACGGUAGUUGUAAAGAGUGAAUUGUUAACCUUACGCUUUAGAGUCUAAUUCUUUACACCCCACAGUGCCUAGUUUGCGGUAUCAGGAUGGCUCAGGCCUAACCCAACAAUAUCAAGUGCUGAGAAGGAAUCGCCCCCGGGCAGGAUGCAAGUCCAUUGUAAAAGAUGAUCUGUUGACUGACUGAUUAACGAUAAAUACAAAAAUUCUAUUGGUAUUUGUUCAAACGUUAUUGCUGCGUAGAGUGACUUGUGAUGAUGCUGGCUUUUUGUUUUUUUACUUUUUUCAAUCUUAAAUUGUCAAAUUAGCGUAAAGCACUUUGCGAUCAUUUCUAUGAGACCACACUAUCAUGAAGUCCUGGUCUCAUCUAUGAGUAAUGCUGGCAGCAUUGCUUCUGCAGUCAUCCCUUCACAUUGCCGCCUGCUCUUUUAAUGAACGUCAUUUUCCUUUGUAUUGCUGCCAUUUUUUUAACAUAUUGUACAUCUCCAUGAAAUGUUGCAGUCUCUUUCUAUUCUUUAUGUUGAUUUUUAAUCUCAAAAUCCUCUGUUACGGUUCUAUGAAUCCCUUUGUGUCAUCAUUACUCACACAUGUUUCGCGAAUGGGUGAGCUUGGCAUAUCAUGAGACCUCCAGUAAGUUUAAUUCUUCAAAGCUGCCUUGUCUGAUUUCAGAUGUAUUUUAAAAUUCAUUUCAAAUGCUGUGUGGGUUCUCAAUUUGAAUGCAAAAAUAUUUUUGUAUGAACUAGAGAGCUGUAAAAAAAAUAGAUGUAUAAAUAUAGCUGUAUUUAUGAGAAGAUAUGUACAAAAAAAAGUCUGUAUUGCUAUUUUAAGUUGUCUCUAGUGGAAGUUAGCCAAGUUCUUGUCUCGGCCGCACUAUCCCUUGUAAAUAUGACAUGUAAAUUCCUCGUCCUUGUAAAUAUAUUGCUGAUUGGCUUUUCUGUUGGAGUGUUAAAUGUACUUCAUUUGUAAUAAACCGUUUUCCAAACA